GGAACCACCUUGAACAUGCAAGGGGGGAGGCGCACGCAUGCGUGCUGAGAAGAUGGUAUCUGCCACCGGGACCUGCUGUUGCUGGGGCGCCGUUGCGCUGGGGCAGCUCGUGCUGCUGCUGUUGGGGGCGGCCCGGGCGGCGCUGGCCCUGACCGAGCACUACCCGGCCCUGUCAUUGCUCAAGCAGGAGCUGCACCGGCAGCAGCUGCAGGGCCAGGCUGGGGGCUGCCCCCAGGCGCCGGACUGGGGGGAGCAAUACUCGGCCGAGUGCGAUUCACCACUUUUGCACUUCCAUGAGUCAGAUUGUGAACUAAGAGGGUCUUCCUCCUGUGAAUCUCUGCUUUCUCUCAAUACUGAAAAAAUUCUGAGCCAAGCAAAGUCACUUGCGGAACAAAAACGAUUCCCAUUUGCCUCUGAUAAUGACAACACAAAUGAAGAUUUGGCAAUUGCCUACGUGUUGAUUGGCAGCGGCCUAUAUGAUGAAGCAAUAAGACAUUUUUCAACAAUGCUACAGGAAGAUCCAGAGCUAGUUAGUGCUAUUUAUGGACGAGGGAUAGCAUAUGGGAAAAAAGGACUACAUGACAUAAACAAUGCUGAGCUUGCCCUGUAUGAGCUGAGCAGAGUAAUUAGUCUGGAACCAGAUCGCCCUGAAGUAUUUGAACAGCGAGCAGAGAUAUUGUCUCCCCUGGGCCGAAUUAGUGAGGCACUGGCUGAUCUCACUAAAGCUAUUCAGCUGCAGCCAUCAGCACGACUUUACAGGCACAGAGGUACUCUUUACUUCAUAUCUGAGGACUAUGCAACAGCUCAUGAAGACUUUCAGCGUUCCUUGGAACUGAACAAAAAUCAGCCUAUAGCUAUGCUAUACAAAGGCUUAACCUUUUUCCAUAGAGGACUUCUGAAGACCCAAUGCAAUCACCAGUGCCUUGGUGCACUUCUAAUCAUGCACUUUCCUGGUAACAUCAGACCCACCAUGGCUGAGUGCUGGAGCCUGCCUGUAAGGGAACUUGGUAACUUUGAUGCUGCCACAGAGAGCUUCCAGAAGGCUUUGUUGCUAAAUCAAAAUCAUGUUCAGACGUUACAGCUCAGGGGAAUGAUGCUUUACCAUCAUGGUAGCCUAGAUGAGGCACUGAAGAAUUUUAAGAGAUGUCUUCAGCUAGAGCCAUAUAAUGAAGUAUGCCAGUAUAUGAAAGGUCUCAGUCAUGUUGCAAUGGGGCAAUUUUAUGAGGGCAUAAAAGCUCAGACCAAGGUUAUGUUAAAUGAUCCAGUACCAGGCCAGAAGGCUAGCCCAGAGUACCUAAAAGUGAAAUACCUGCGAGAAUAUUCGCGAUAUUUGCAUGCCCAUCUUGAUACCCCUCUUACUGAAUAUAAUGUAGAUACAGAUCUCCCUGGAAACUUUAAGGACCAUUGGGCCAAAAACCUUCCCUUUUUAAUAGAAGACUAUGAAGAACAGCCAGGAUUGCAGCCACAUAUAAAGGAUGUGCUAUUUCAGAAUUUUGAAAGCUAUAAACCUGAAGUGCAAGAACUUGUAUGUGUGGCUGAUCGUCUGGGUUCACUGAUGCAAUAUGAGACGCCAGGAUUCCUUCCAAAUAAGAGAAUACACAGGGCAAUGGGGCUGGCUGCGUUGGAAGUAAUGCAAGCCGUGCAGCGGACAUGGGCAAACUCAAAAGUUCGAAUGAAUGGGAAAACCAGAUUGAUGCAAUGGAGAGAUAUGUUUGACAUUGCUGUGAAAUGGCGAAGGAUAGCUGAUCCAGACCAGCCCGUGCUUUGGUUAGACCAAAUGCCAGCUCCAAGUCUUAGUAGAGGCUUUAAUAACCACAUCAAUCUAAUCAGGGGACAAGUCAUUAACAUGAGAUACCUGGAAUAUUUUGAAAAAAUACUUCAUUUUAUCAAAGACAGGAUCCUUGUUUAUCAUGGUGCUAAUAAUCCUAAAGGUCUGCUAGAAAUUAGAGAAGCACUGGAAAAUGUACAUAAAGUAGAAGACCUUCUUUCCAUAAUGAAGCAGUUUAACAGUAAAGCAAGAGAUGGGUUUACUGUAAACACAAAAGUCCCUAGCCUCAAAGAUCAAGGGAAAGAAUAUGAUGGUUUCACAAUUACAAUAACAGGAGACAAAGUUGGGAACAUAUUAUUUUCAGUGGAAACUCAGACAACGGAAGAAAGAACACAACUGUAUCAUGCAGAAAUAGAUGCCCUAUAUAAGGAUCUAACAGCCAAAGGAAAAGUACUAAUUCUAUCUGCAGAACCUGGGGAGGCAGAUGCUGUCUGCAAUCUAAUCCUGUCUUUAGUUUAUUACUUCUAUAACUUAAUGCCACUCUCAAGAGGAUCCAGUGUGAUAGCUUAUUCGGUGAUCAUGGGAGCACUGAUGGCAAGUGGGAAAGAAGUAGCAGGAAAAAUACCAAAAGGAAAGUUGGUUGAUUUUGAAGCCAUGACAGCACCUGGUUCUGAAGCUUUUAGCAAAAUAGCCAGAAGCUGGAUGAAUCUCCAAAGUAUUUCUCCUUCUUACAAGAGUCUCCCAUCAGUAUCAGAGACUUUUCCAACGUUAAGAACAAUGACCGAGGUGCUAAAUGCAGAUUCUUCUCGUUGUCUUAAAAAAACUAUAGUUGCUGUAUAAUUUAUACAAAUAAAGGGCCAAGACCUCUUGUUUUGUAAAUUAUUUUUGAAAAGGAAAAAUUCUGAAGAAACUGGGUCCUUUGUUACUUUUGAUACAAUUUUUGAUAAAUGUAAUGUUUGAACCAUUUUCUUUACCUUAGGGCUCUCAACAAACAGGAAAAUCUUGGGAUGAAUGUUUUCAUGCCUAAUUUAAUGCCACUGCCUUCCUAAUAGCAAAUUUAUUUCAGUGACCAAACCUAAAGGUGAUAUGAUAUAAUUGAAUAGGAACUAUUUCGAACCUGCUGCAGAUAUGGAUUUUGUUCUUAAAGAAUGUUUUCCUUAAUACACUUUGAAAAUCUCAUAUCGCCUCUGUCUCAGUCAUAUGUCUUCAGGUUCUUCAAAACAAAAAAUUUAACUGUGAAAACUUUAUGAACCAUACUAUGUGUGUAAUGCAUAAAUACACACUUUACGUAAUGUUGUCCUAUGAAGAAGUGUUUCAAAUACCUGUUUGACAAAUAAUGUCAGGAACACUUGUAAAGAAAUUGGUUUCAGGUAAACAAACUUUGGAAAUAAAAAUAAACAAAUGGUAUGCUUAAAA